AUGUCUUCCACUUUCAUGGGGAAUUCGACGUCGAUUCAAGAGAUGUUUAGGCGUGUUUCGGAGCAAUUCACGAUGAUGUUUAGGAGGAAGGCUUUCUUGCAUUGGUAUAGUGGGGAAGGAAUGGAUGAAGUGGAGUUCACCGAGGUGAAAGUAACAUGA